AUGUGGCGGGGCGCGGCCGCGGCGCUGCUGCUGGGCCUGGCCGCCGCCUGCCUCCUGCGCCGCGGGUUCGAGCCCCGCGCCCGCCUGCUCAGCGCCGCCGAGCUGCGCCGAUACCGGGGGGCGCCGGGCGAGCCCGGGCUCUACCUCGCUCUCCUGGGACGGGUCUUCGAUGUGGAGCGGGGCCGCAAGCACUACGGGCCCGGCGGCGCGUACAGCGGGUUCGCAGGCAGAGAUGCCACCCGAGCGUUUGCCAGCGGCGAUUUCAGCCCGGCGGGGCUGGUGGACUCCGUGUCAGGGCUGUCCCCCGCGGAGCUGCUCUCCAUCCACAGCUGGCUGAGCUUCUACAGCAACAACUACGAGCCCGUGGGGAAGCUGGUGGGCAGAUUCUAUGAUGAAAAUGGAGCACCGACAGAAGCCCUGAGGGAGGUGGAGGCUGCCAUUGAGGAAGCUCUCAGACUGCAAGCAGAAAGUGAACAGAAGCAGCAGCAGUUCCCACCCUGCAACUCUGAAUGGAGCUCUGCUAAAGGCACUCGCUUCUGGUGCUCCAGAGAGAGCGGGGGCGUGCCCAGAGCCUGGGCCGGGGUCCCGCGGAGGCUGCACCGCCCCGGCUCGCAGGGCACUCUCUGCGUGUGUGUCAGGAGCUCGGGGCCGCCCUGGGGCCAGCCUGGCUCCUCCCAGCACCGCGACAGAGGCGACCUGGAUGACCCUCGGCUGCAGCUGUACGAGGGCUGCCAUCCCCUGGCCGAGCAGUGCGUGCUGCCCACGGGCUGAGCCAGGCAGGGAGAGCCCUGCACUGGAACCUUGCACCGGGGCUGGGCAGCUCCAGCUCCAUCCCUUCCACCCGGCCCUGCAAAGGGAGCAGCAACAAUCUCAUGGGGUUUGUGAUGCUUUUCUACAUAUGGAGAUGGAGCAAACACUUCAGCCAGCUCAGUGGCUAAAAAAUCAAGUAACAGGAUGCUUGCUUUAUUUCUAUGGGAAGUAUUUCUGCACCUGUGAACAAACUGUAAGAUGCACAGCCUGAAUUGUGUUUUAGAACUGCUCCUUGUGCAGUCAGGGACUGGGUGUUUGUGUGCACAGAGGUGGGACAGUGCUGUGGUUUAAGGCAGUGAAAUCAGUGAGCACAGAACUGCUGCAGCAUCACUGCCACAGGCCCUGCUGCAGGCACUGCUGAUGCUCCUUCCCAGGCACCUGACUGACUCCCAGGAGUUUAAAGGUAACAGGGAGAGCCCUGAAUUUCUUCUGCAAUUAAGGUCCACAGUAUCAGGAACUUGCACAGUUUAGUUACACACAAGCUUUAUCAAAUUCUUGGAAUAGAGAAGGCAAAGGCCAGAGCUGCAUUUCCUCACUGUGUUUGCAUUAGAUACUGUGCCAAGAUAUUGAAGCCACCUGUGAGGAUUGUUUGACAUUACCCUCACUGUCUGCUCUGUGAUUCACCACUUUCAAACUGUUCUGAUCAGGAAGGAGUAGUUUUAAAUAGCUUUCUUUUUGUUGCCUGGGUGGCAACAGAACCAUCCUACUGUAAUCUGCUCCUGUUUCCAUUCUGGUAUGUCUUCCUCCCAUCUGGUCUGUGCCUGUCAGACUAUAACCUGAGCUGGAUGUGCCCUUACAAGACCCUGCACUUUUAAAAUCCAUAUUUAUUGUGUCACAGCUGGCAGAAUUCAGCACUGUGAGUGACUCCCAGACAUGCAGGGCAGGUCAUUACCCUCUCUGAGUGGGGCUAAAAGGGAGGAAGCAAUACCUGCACUACAAACCUCAAGCUGCAGGGAAGCAUUUGCUGGUUUUAGGGAAUCUGCUGUUAAAAUCAGUUUAGGUGGAGCUGAGCUUUGAGAGAGACAUGCAGAUCAGGGUCCAGUGGUGGCACAGGUUGUGGUCAGUUCUUGUUCUUAAGGCAGCUGCCACCUAUGUGUAAGCAGCUGGAAAAUGUUUAUAAACUGAUUUUUAGCUACCCCCACCUCUGAAGAGAGGCCCAAAAGGUAAGUGAUGAGUUAGUUCAUUAACAAGUUUACAGGAAGCACCAUUCACUCCCUUGCAGCAGGACACAUUACAGCACUUCCCACUGCUAAAACUCAGAGGAAGCUCCAGCUGCCAGGGAUGGAGCCACACAAACAUAAACCUGCACAUGCUUGGAACACUGGGGCUGUGGUUUUGUUUUUGGGGUUUUUUACCUAUCUUCAUCCUGAAGAGCAGCCCUUGCAGGCAUUGCCCUGCUGUGCCAGCCUGUGGCACUCAGGGGAGAGCAGAGCAGGAUGUGUGGCAGAACCAAACCUCAGCCCUGGGCUUGAGCCAUCUCUGGGGGUGGAGUGAGGAAUGAAAACUCAUUUCACUCAGUGCUGAAGAUCAAGCUGUGUAAAAGGUGCAGCAAAGAGCUGCAGAGCAGCACUUCACUGCCUCCACAACUGUGCCCUUUGCCACAUUUAAAAAGACAUCACCACUUUAAAAAGAAAUUGCAUUUAAAGUAGUGAAACCAUCCCUGCAAAUGAUUGGCAAGUACAUUUAAAAGAGGUUUUUAAAGCUAUUUAAAAGUUGCAGCAAAUUCCAGACUAUUAAAUGCUGUAAGAAGUAGUUUGUGAGGGCAAACCAGUCCCAGAGAAGGUGGGACCAGCUUGACCUUCUAAGCAAGUUUCAUCUUGCUGGAACACUCAAUCACUAUGCAAAUAGUGCUGAGGGGAUGGUUUUGAUUGUAAGAGCUGCAUAAAAAUCAAAUAAACUGCUGCCAAAAGGCAGGGCAGGGAGGUGCUGGUUUAAGUUAAAGUUGGUUGAAAACCAGUUCCUAGCUUAUUCCUCAGUUCAGGGUUUGGAAGCUCUGGGGAGGAAGAGCCUUGCACUAGGAAUAAGUCAUCUAUUAAAGCAAACAGGGAGACACCCUCAGUGAGUGAAGUGCUCCAGGUGUCUCCAGCUGAGCAGCUCAGCUGGAUUCUCCCAUGGUGGAAAAGGGAACAGUGACAGCUACAGAGGGCUCCAGUCACCACAGACAGUGCUCUAAUAAAGCUCACCAUUCAUCUGUACUUCAGUAAGUUUUAUUAAUAAAAGACUAAUAAUGCAUCACAAUCUCACCCAGCAGUCUUGGCUGGGUUUGCUAUUGCACUGAAGUUUUCCUUUUCCUGAAGUGAAGCUGCAGCAGCUCAGUGCUCUCCAGGGGCUGAGCUGCCUCCACACCCAGCUCUGAGUGCUCCCAGGGCUGGGAACUUGAGCUGAUGAACUCCAUGAAGCAGCUCUGGCCCGUGGGGAGCUGGGCUUCGUUUCACAAAACUGAUUAUAGGUAAGUCUAGGAUAAGGCAUUCAAGAUGACUACAUGUACAAACUAGAACACCAGACCUUGACAGCCAAAAGAACAGUUGGAGCAGUUCCACAACAUGAAAAUGAAUACCUGGACUAAUUUCAGAACACAGAAUAAAGCUGUUGUGCCCAA